AUCUGCCAUCUGUGCAUCCAACAUCGAGUUUGUUUUGAAAUUGUAAAUUAGAAUAUAUAUAAUUAUAGUUAUUAUUUUUGAAAAUCUCUUUCUUUACUCCAAUACUGAAGCUGUGUAAAACAUACUACAUUUACAAUAUUUUUAAUUAACUUAAUGUUUGAAAUUCAGCAACAAAUAAUUGAUAUACUAAUAAAUAUCUCGAGAACGUAUUAUUUUGCCGGUUAAUUUAAUCAUAUAAUACCAAUAAACGGUAAUAUUAUGGGAGUCACAGUGUUACAACAAUAUCCAGUUCCCGAAAACAAAACUGGUACAUUUGUUAUAGAGCUGUUAACAAAACGAUUAUUAGCGCUUGGUGCUACACAACAAGGUCAAUUUCUAGUGGACUGCGAAAGCUAUUUAUCCCAUCCUCAAAUGGUUGCAGGAACAACUAAAACUGUUCACAUUCUUCACAACUCUGAGCAGCCAGCCUCGGUUUUCUCAAUUUUAGAAAGUGGAACAAAAAAUAUUCAUGUAAUAGCAGAUGGGUUGUUUGAUUUGUUAAUGAUGAAACUGUCACAACAUUAUACAUCCAAAAAACAAACAAAAAUUGAAAGCAAAGGUCCAAGAUUUGAACUUGGAGAUUUUUGUGUGAAAAUUGGCUCUGUUACUAUGAAUCAAAGUUUCAAAGGAGUGUUGGUAGAGGUGGAAUAUCGACCAUGCGUCAUGGCCAAUGCUGUAUGGGGUCUUCUCCGAGAAUUUCUACAGGGUCUUUUAGGUCCCACAAUAAAUAUACAACCUCCCCAACACCUUGUGAGCAGAAUGAAUGAGAUUUAUACUCCAAUAGACACAAUAUACCAGUAUUUAGAACAUUUUAGUGCAUACAGAAAAGUAACUGGUCUAAGAAGUUCAUAGUUUAGGUUAAGGAUUAAAGUUAUUUUUAUACUAUUUAUAAGAAUAAAUUAUGUCAUAUAAA